GUCAAACACGUCAGUAGGUGGUGGUGCGUUCGCUAGUAUAGUGAAAAUUGGCAUAAAAAGUAUUCGCUUUCACGUUCCGUGCUGGCCGGUCUCCGGCGUAGAAAAAAAAUCGUGUGACUAAAAGCAGUGUUCGGAGCUUCAAAUUGUGGAAGUGGAGUGUGAUUUUGUACCUGUGCUAGAGCGGAAAGAAAUCGGAAUGGACUCGAAAGCAGUUACCGAUGAUGGGAGCUGCUCCACCGUAAUGGCCGAAGGUAAUGGUGAACUGGUGGAAGAAAUGGCAAACCAGAAACUGGGAGAAGGCGCUGGCGAUGGCGAACGGACAGAGGAUUACAGUCAACUGCUGGAAUAUGGACUCGACAAAAAGGUGGCCGGCAAGCUGGAUGACAUCUACAAAACCGGCAAGCUUGCGCACUCCGAACUGGACGAGCGAGCUUUGGACGCACUGAAAGAGUUCCCCGUCGACGGGGCCCUAAACGUUCUGAGUCAGUUCCUGGAAUCGAAUCUGGAGCAUGUGUCCAACAAAUCGGCCUACCUGUGCGGGGUUAUGAAAACCUACCGACAGAAAAGCAGAGCCAGCCAGCAAGGACUUCCCACACCUGCAAUAACAGUACAAGCAAAAGGUCCGGACGAGGACAAAAUCAAAGCGAUUCUGGAACGCACAGGAUACACACUCGAUGUGACAACAGGACAACGAAAGUACGGCGGGCCACCUCCGAACUGGGAAGGCGGCACUCCGGGCAACGGUUGUGAGGUGUUUUGCGGUAAAAUACCAAAAGACAUGUACGAGGACGAACUGAUACCGCUGUUCGAAAAGUGCGGCAAAAUCUGGGAUCUCCGCCUCAUGAUGGACCCGAUGACCGGGACGAAUCGAGGCUACGCGUUCGUUACCUUCACCUCGCGAGACUCCGCCUGCAAUGCUGUGAGAGAGCUGAAUGAUUAUGAAAUUCGGAAAGGCAAAAAGAUUGGUGUUACGAUAUCAUUUAACAAUCACCGGCUAUUUGUCGGGAAUAUUCCUAAGAAUAGGGAUCGCGAUGAGUUGUUAGAGGAAUUUGCUAAAUACGCACCCGGCCUAGUGGAAGUGAUAAUCUACAGCUCACCAGACGACAAGAAGAAGAACCGAGGCUUCUGUUUCCUCGAAUACGAAUCACACAAGGCAGCGUCGCUAGCGAAGCGGCGACUCGGAACGGGAAGGAUAAAGGUGUGGGGUUGUGAUAUUAUAGUGGACUGGGCGGACCCCCAGGAAGAACCGGACGAACAAACGAUGAGCAAGGUGAAAGUAUUAUACGUGCGAAAUCUAACACAGGACACCAGUGAAGAGAAGUUAAAAGAGUGUUUCGAACAGUUUGGCCGAGUUGAACGAGUGAAGAAAAUCAAAGAUUACGCGUUUGUGCACUUUGAAGACCGUGACCACGCAGUCGACGCAAUGAAGGAUCUGGACGGCAAAGAGGUGAACGGUUCGAAUAUCGAGGUGUCACUGGCGAAACCCCCCUCCGACAAGAAAAAGAAGGAAGAAAUUCUGCGAGCACGGGAAAGGCGCAUGAACCAGUUCUUGCAGAGCAGGAUGGGGAUAGUCGGUGAUUUCGUUCCUCCCUACAGCAUGUCGCCCCAGCAUGCCGGUAUGAUGCCAGGUGCAAUGCCACCGAUGCGAGUUCCUAGCGGCGCCGGUGGUCCACGAGCUCCCAUGCGCGGUCCGAUGAGCCGCGGUGACUACGGAGAUGGUCCCGAAAAAAAACAGGAUCACUCGGUGUCGUUCAAAUGCGGUCAGUGGUGAAGAUGAAUUCGGAGGAUCAAGCAAGAAGCGAGAAGCGUUAUUUUUUCAUUUUUUGUUUCCUAAAUUCGUUAACACUUGUUUGGUUAUCCACCAUUUUUUUUCUGGUUUAAUGAUUUGAUUUCAAUUCCUCCAGUAGGAGAGAGAGUAGCCAAUGCAGAGAUAGUAGGGUAUCUGAACCUAGCUUAGCCAGCAGCCGACGAAAGCACACACGUGUAGGGCAAAUUUGUAGAGUAACUUAUUGAUUGCAAUUAAAUUAUCUGAAAUAUGCAGCGUGCAUUUUUGUGUGUAACAAAAACGAAUAUGUUUAGUGAUAAGCGUAAAAGUCUCUGUUGAGUUUAUUUGCAGGUAGUUUGGGGUGUUCGAGUUUAAUGGCGUUUUUAAGUUUUUUUCUUGUGUUGAAACCUAUCAAAAUACCAUUUUACCAUUACAUUCUUCACAUUUCUAUAUUGAUUCUUAAAACGGUAUUUCAUACAUAAUUAUAUAGUCCAGCACAAUAUUUAUUAUAAUCCAUUUGACUUAUCAUCAUACUCAACUGUACUCCAUCACAUACUACAUCACGUACCAGCUCAUAAUCCAUCACGGUUCACUCCACCGUAAUCAUAAUUCAUGUGUCAGUUUCACCACAAAUCUAUCAUUAUUUGUUAAAUCCAUUGCAAAGUGUAUAAAGUGCUCUGCUCAAUAAAUGACCAUUUUUCAGACAAAUUUUAUGCGAUUCUCGAAAUGUUGAAUUUGUAGGUAAAUUAGACGUUGGUUUUACAAUCAAAACUUUUUGAUUUUAGGAUGCGUGCCUUUAAAGGAAAUCACAGAUAGCGGUAACCUUAUAUUACUGCCUUGCGGAAAGUCGAAUAAACAUGAACUCUAUGACGGCGUAUAGUACAGCGAAACUAAGCAUUUUUUCUCUAACUCUGGAAAAAAAAACAUUAUAAAAUUUUAGUGCGCCACCAACAUUUUUCCAAAGACUUAAUGAGGACACCUUUUUUUUUCGGUAUAAAUUUGAUCUAAGCUUAAGACCUCUUAGUUGGUCUCGAGGUACGAUACUGUCCUAACAUGCCAGUCGUCGUAGGUCCGAAACCCAGCGCGGGAGAGACUGUUAGUAUUAAUAGGACUGUAGCGAUAGCCCCAAAAUUUUCCUAUAUACUAAUAGUUGACUGCAAAGUGCGUGUUUGAAAAACAGAAAGGUCAAGUUUUGGCUGCGAAAUGUUAGUACUUACCUACGUUUUGCCGUUUAAUUUGAUUUACGCCUUUCCAAUCGACUAUUAUAGAUGUAAAGUGGCAGAUGAAUGAGUAAAAUGAUACUUGUCAGAGAGCCACACAAAGUUUCUAGAGCUCGCGGGACGUAUUUCUACACGCAAAGUUUUUCCGUAUUACUUAAUUAGCAUUAACGUGGAAUAACUGUUCGGGAAACGAAUCUGCUACUUGAAAAGUAAUAAAAUUCAUCUCCAGUCAAGUAAUAACACAUACUGUCACAUAUUUACACUCGGACUACACUAUUGACACCGUAAAUGUUUUAUUUCACUUUCCGGACUACACAUUUCCUGUCCUGGACUACACCAGAAAAUAGCAGAGUGUACUGUAGGAAGUUACCAACACAUCCACACGUAUGUGUCAAAAUUGGUUUGUUUUUGUUCUCGUUCCACGUGGUAAAGUGUCAGGUUUUUUUUUUUCAGCACAUUUGCGAGAUAGACAUAUGGAAUGAAAACGAGACAAAAUGACUAAAACAAAACAAAUUGACAGCUAUCCCUAUAAUUACGCAUACCGGAAUUACGCAGUUCGGAAAAGUGUAGUUACACCGCGAAAACGAAUUCGACCCAAUAUUGGACGUUUCAACCACAUGCUAAAUUUUCUCAGUCGAAAAAUGCUCCCUUUCCAUCUCCAGUCAAGAAACAACACCGUCGCAUAUGUUGUACAUGUACAUGUGCGAGGGCGACUAGCCCUGCCGCAGGUCAAUGUACAGCACUACUGAGGGUUUGCCGAGAUAAAUUAAGUGUAUAUCUAAAACACGCAAUGAGUGUGCUUCAUAGAAACUCAACCUGUUUGAAGAUACAAAACUCGUGCCCAUCCAGAACAACAUUCGCAACUCUGAUCACACGGUAUUGCAUAUUUUCAUUUCAAGUAAACACUGGGGAACGAAACAGUGAUGUUUCUAAUUAGAUAUUUGAUGUUGACGGGUUAGAUUCUGAUUAUGUGUGAAUAAAGGGAACGGAAAUGAACCUGUCCGUUGCAUUAAUACAAAUGCAACGAGUACAGCCUUGCUUACACAUGCAUUGCGGUUCUUGGCUGUAUGUUCUCCGGCAGAAACACAUACAAGCGUGUGGUCGUCGUAAUGUUUGUUGCGUUUUGGUUAUUACUCUUUGUGUAUAAUGUGCGGUCUAAUACACAAUAAGUAAUAAAAUGUUCCAUCAAAGUAACAAAAUGUUCCCCGUUUGUGUUUGGUGUAAGCGGGACAUUCUGAUGAAAUGCGAGACUGUAUCGUUACUUCACAAUUACCAAAUGUUUCAACAUCUAGAAGAUUUCUCUCGUCACUUCACUGAGAUUCAACAGAAAACAAAAACAUUUGUUCGCAGUGUCCCGAAAAUGUUACUGAGCAAUUUACAAAAAAUGUUUGUUGCGAAACCACAUCAAUAUUGUAGGGAAAUAGCACUACUGAUGAUUAAGAUUAAAACCGGAACAAUGAAUGUAUGUUAACACAUGACACUGAUGCUUCAAACCACCACAAUCAUAAAGUAUCAACUGGUGUUCAGCGAGCUGGUAUCGUUGAAGCAGUGCAGCCAGCAAUCAAUACUAAUAAGUAGGGUAAUGACUAGGGACAGUGGUAAAUCGCGAUUUCGCGGAAGCCGCGAAUUCCGCGAAAUUUACAAAAACCCGCGAAAUGCCGCGAAAGUAAUGAAAAACCGCAGCACUCUAUGUCAAUCCUGCAACCUAACCCGCGAAAUUGCUGAAAACCAGCGACACGGACAAAACUAAAGAAUCAUGGGCACCUAGAUGGCAACUUUUCCUCCUUUUCCCGGCAACAAUUCCUGGAUACUUUAUAGAUAUGGAACAUAGCGUGAGCCUUGAUACUGUAUGUGCUGUUAGUCAGUAAUGCAAUUUUCAUCUUUUUUGCCGCGAUUUACCACUGUCUCUAGUAAUGACUAAAUGAAUGAAAAUAUCAACUGAUCGAUGCACUUCAUGAUUCCGGCCAUUUGUAAACAUUAACGAAUCAUUAACAGAUAUAAAAGCAUUAGAUUUGCUUACAACAUUUUGCAUUUAACUAUGACUAUGGUUUUAUUCAUACGCAUUCGGUUCUACGCUGCUGGCACCUUCGUCAGUUAAUUUUGUGGCAAAAAACAUCCGUGCUUUUUGGGACGUCUCAUCGUUCAAAUAUACCGGCUUACGAUGAACCACCUAGGGGCUAGACACCUUUAUUUUCAUGCAAAAUAUUUCGAUAAUAUUACACGAUAUUGGUUGAUAUAUUUUGAUAUUUAUCGUUUAUCUGUCAAUUGACACCCUCUAACGAUAAUGUAACGCUUGAUGUGACGUAAAGGGGUGCCCGAAAAUAAAACGGUAAAUACUUUUAAAUAUUGAAUAUUGGAAAUAUUUCGCAAUAUAUCAAUAGUGUCUUGCCCCUAGUGAACGGUUUACGGAGUAUCCCGAAACUGAUCGUUCACUCGAAACUAAAGUUUAUGAUUUCAAUCUCUGUCAAUGUAUCCAUUGUACAACUGUUGCGUUAUGCAUUUCACACAGUUUUUGUGCGAAGUCAGAACAAUUUUUGUGUGUUUUGAGAGGACACAUUGCAUUGGUUGAUUAAGGUUCGAACUUUUACGUGUACAUUUUAUUGCCACGUAACAAAAUUGAACGAGGACAUUCUAAGAACAUCAAAUAGGAUCUCAAAAUCAGGGCAUGUCCUGCUAAAUCAGGACGGAUGGUAUCCCUAGUUUCCUCGUAAACAUAAUGUUGAAGCGACGAUUUCGGCGAGUAAUUACUAUGCGACACUUUGACGUAAGUUGACGUGUUUUGACAAUGGCUGGAGGAACUAAAUUUCAAAAUAAUGGUUGAAAACGGAUAAUCUUUCUAGGGCAACUGUUUUGAGCCUUAGGGCAGCAUGUUUUCGCUUUUGUCGGCCAGUAUAGUUUGCGGUUUUACACUAACAAGCUCUUGGCCUUGUCCGUACAGAGUAUGCGUUUUGCGAUGAAAAUUUGCUGAAAAAAAUAAUGCCGAGAGUUAAGAAUAUCGAACAACAAGAAUGAAAAAAAAUUAAGAACACUGAAAAUAAAGAGUAGACAAAGCAACAUGGAAGCAAAAUGACAGAAACUCGAAACUAGGGUAUCGGAAAAACGACCUAUAAUGGACAAAUAUUACCCAAUAUUACCCGAGAAUAAGUUCCAGAUGCCAUUUUGAAACCAAAAAUGGUACCUUCUGGUUGCUGGAAAGCAGUCAAAACUGGCCAGAUUUCAUCAGAGAUUUUCAAAUCCUCGAUGAUGCCCAUAGAUCUGGAAUCGACCUCGGACGCCAUUUUGAAACCCUCCGAUUUCCUGAAAAUAAUCUAAAAUUGACAAAUAUGAUCUAAUAUGAAUAGUUCCAGAACCAAAAUGAUGUUCAGGUUCCGCUAAAGCCGACCUCAGACACCAUUUUGAAAUCUUAGAUAACUGUGAAGUAUAAGAAAUACAAAAUGUUCGAAUCCCGCUUGAACAGAAUAGUGGUCAAUUUAGAAACCAAAAUGUAACAUUUUAAAUUUUCAGUUUUACACCAAAAAUUGUUUUUUUAGAACGGUUGUAUGAUUACUUUUGGCCUAAGACGGGAAUCGUUUUUCGUUCUUAAUAACGCCGGGUUUGUUUAACUAGUAGUAACAUUAUUCUAAAAUAAAGACAAAAAAGUGAUUAGAAGACAAAACCAUCUAAAAGAACGCUAAAACUGAACCGGCAAUCUAUAGGAUUGGAGCACAAACAAUGAAAAAGAUACGGUAAAACUUAAUAUUCCCCUUCAGGAAAGGACCGAAACGUCGGACAUUUGGAAUACGAUUUUUUUUGUAUAGAUUGAGUCAAAAUGUUAUUAUGUAUUAUGCCGUUUUCGUUUUCGCGGUGUACCUACACUGCGGACUACAUUUUGUCCCAUAACUGUUUUUUUCCGGACUAUCCCCGGACCCCUUUUUCUGUCCCGGACAGUCCGCGAAAGAAACAGAGUGCAGUUUUGAAGACACCAACACAUUCACACGUAUGUGUCAAAGAAAAAAAAAGUGUCAAAAUCGGUUUGCUUUAAUUAUUAUUAUUGAUUUUUACACCGUACCAUCAUCGUUCACUACCAAUGCACAUGCUUGUCUUUUCUCCUCAGAAAACCUCUAGAGUGCAGGAGAACAUCUUGCACUGUGGAAACAACUGCCGUCACACUAAAAAGCAAACCAACGCUCAUACUAGAAGAGAGCGACAAACGAUUUUUAUCUGCUGAGCUACCUGAACGCACUGCGGUGAAAUCUGAAAUCUCUCUCUUGGAGUCAAUGCACUAUGGUGUACUUUCUCACACAUGUGGACAUCACGCACAAUAAUUACACUGCAGAGCUAUUUGCGGUGCGUUUCACAGUUGGUUUCGUGAGCAUGGCAGAAGAGGAAAAGAGAUUGGGAGAAAAAAAAAAUAGACUGCGUUGCUCGUGCCGGUCGAAUCUACUCUGGUGGAAUUCGUUUUAGCAGUGUAGCUACACGAGGACUACAUUUUUGCCCGGUAGGUUUUUUUUCACCUUCCGGACUACUCGCCAGUGGAUACUGUUGUGUAUUUCUGCGUUUCCUCUGUAGAGUUAUUCACCCCUCUUGUUUCUAUCAGAUGUGGGGUGAGCUGGAAGUGUGUUUGUCUCUCUGUAAGCUGGUUAAGACACUUUGGAGUGGAGAAAGAAGCAGUGUGGUGAAAGCAUUUGCUACACGCAGGCACAUACUGGAAGGGAAGUGUACGGUGAAUUUUUUCUCCUCUCCUUUCACAUACUGAGGAGAGUGACAAGCAUGCCAAUGCAUAUUCUUGCAAAUUGAUAUUAAGUUCCGUAAUUUUACAGUAAAUUGGCAAAUAUUUCGUACAGUAGCACAAACACGACAAAAAGACAAUGGCGAUAAUGACCAAAACAAAACAAAGUGACAGCUACCUCUGGUAUUACGCACACCAUUACAACUACUCGGAAAAUGUUUUUUUUUCAGCUGCAAAGUGUAGUCCGGGACGGUAUAGUCCUGCCGUAAAAACGAAUUCGACAUUAGUAUUUACGUGUGAAUGUGUUGAUGCCAGUCGAUGAGGAAAAUAUGAACAAAUCACUGUUUUGUAUGCGAUGCUAUGUUCUUAGCAGCUGGACAAAUAUUCAGUUGAACAUUUAUUUUAUGUUUUAAACUAGGUUAUGAAUAAGUUUUUUAUUCGUGACCAGGAAUCGGGAGAAGCUGCUGAUCCUAAUCGUACAAAAAUGGUAAAAAGUGAUAAAAAGUCGAAACAACGCAAUGCGAUGAUUUACAGUUUCGAGCAAAUAAAAGCAACUUUAGGGUGCACAGUGCAUAUGUAUUAGUCAUGCGUUGGGCAAACAAAAGUGACAGCUCCAUAUGAUUAACACGGAUAUUUCUGCUGGGGUAUUUCAAACUUGUGAUCCAGGCUAAUCGAAAUAGCGCGAGUAUUCAACAAUCCAUUUAUCAAAAAAAUAUUACAUUUUCCGUAGUUGCGGAAUAUCUUGCCGAUAAAGACGUACCUUGGAAAUUGAAUGAAAGUUUUAAAAAGUUUAGAUGCAUUUGAAAUAUGCCGGGUUCCAAGAACGUCACGUUCGGAUUUUGUUUCACUUUCCUUCGGAUAAAAUAUUGAUAAAUAUUGAUUUUUUAACGUUUAAGAAGUAGUAAAACUUGUUGAUUUCUAUAUCACUGUGAAUAAAUAAUAUCUAGAUAUGAAAUAAGAGUUUUUUGCUAGACUCGGUAGACUCAUGAUCGCCAAAAGCGCUACGUUUUUGAGUUUUUUUUUUACAAAAUGAAAUAAUAAAAAAUGGUUAUCACUAAUUGUAGAUAUUCGAGAUUUUGCCUUCAAAAAGGAUAAAAAUCCGUCAGGUAGUUGAUGAUUGAAUCUCGAACCGCUCCGAAGAACACAAAUGGUUUAUCUUGAAUGUGUGUCCAACAGAUGCUGUGCAUGGAUAUGUAGCAAAGGCCCUAUAGAGGGAACAGAAAGGAACCUACUUUGCAUCAUUACAAAUGCAGCGAAUAAGAGUCUUACUAACACACGCAUUGCGUUUCUUGGUUGUAUGUUCUUCUGCAAAAACACAUACAAGCGUGAAGCCAUCAUAUAUUUUGAUACUCUUUGGUUAUUACUUUUUGUAUAUAAUGCGUGGUCAUGAGACAUAAAAAGUAAUAAACGUUGCUCAAACGUAACAAAAUCUUCCCCGUUUGUGUUGGGUGUAGGUGAAAAGUCACUCAUCUCUAUGCUCUUAUAACUAACAAUAAGGCAAUCCACGAGACAGUUGUGAUCAGCUGAUUUCAGUCUGUUUUCAACUUAUGACAGCUUUACGUAUGUUCGAUCGGUCGCAACCCGGAUGCAACCCGGAUCCAGAAGCGUGAAAAACAAAUGUUAUCCGGUCGGUGGCUCUAGUAUUGCGGGUGCCAAUCCUAAAUACAACAAUAACAAAUCACUUUUGAUAUUAUUGCCGACAUUAAAAGAUUUCGGUUUUGGUCGUGUUUUGGUUUGGCAGCUUGAAAAACAGCAACAAUAACAAACGUACAAGCAUUGAAACGUCACCCGUGGAUUGCCUUAAAAACUGAAUAACAGACAACACUGCAAAAUAUAUCGCAGCAAGCACUUGUUUUUCAUAUCGAAAGCAAUUGAAUAUGAAAAAAUAUUGCGUUUUUGUGUUGAAAACUAUUAGAAUAUCGUUAGCAUUUAUAACAAACUAUGAUUUUAUGCAAUGCAGUUUUGAACUUGGUUCGGCACCCCGAUUUAUUAAAAUGAAUUCGCUUAAAAAAUUAUUUUAUCACAAAUGUUCUCCGUUGCAGCUUGCAGCAAUACGAAGUGGGUAAACCUUGAACGGCAAUCCCUCAAAAUAAUGUUUUUGGUGCUUGUUUCGGUUUGGUUGCACGCCGACUAAAUAUAGCAUAGAGGGACCUCCGUAGCCGCAAGGUUGAUGAGCGGGUGGUCCGGGUUAUCGAAUCUUAGUAUAAUCAGAGCAUUUGGUCGGCAAAUUUGAAAACAAAAAUCUUGAAAAUGACAAUGAGUUGUAUAAUACAGAGUGAUUGACUUAAAAUUUGAAUAAUUCUGAGUAGAUUAACUUUGUGGCAUAAGUGUAGCACAAUUUUCCAAUCAAAUGUGGCCCUCUAUCAGCUCCAGAAAUAUUCCCAACAAAGAACCAAAGAUCCAAAUCUUUAACAUCUUCAACACUCGGUUUUAAGCUUUAAGCUCAGCUUUUUCUGGAUUUCUGGAUAUUAAAAAAAAAUAUGUAGGAAUAAUUUCUAAUGAGCAAAAUCGAAGUGUAAAUGAGACAAAAACAAACUAAAAAUGGAACGAAAUGACACGAUAUUCAAAUAACGGUGGGUCAAAAAAUGCGGCAAAUUUGUAUCGAAAACGAAUACGUUUCGUAAACAACCACAGUUCUGGAAUUUUGGAACCUGCUCUUGAUUGUAAAACGCACUCCGUUUGAGGGCAUCGUGAACAGCGCAUCAACUUGCAAUAUACGACAAUCACUGCUUUCAAAGCCAUACGAAGUUUUUAGCAUCUCGAAUUGUUUUGUGAACUUCACUAGAACGAAACCAAGUAUUUUUUGUCUAGCUCUGACCACAAUUAUAAUAGUACGCUUCGUCAAAUCGCAGCGGCAGUAGCUCUACAUUUAUGCAGACCACGUACGUUCUGUUAAUAAAGUCAACCGUGACUUCAGCACCAGCAUUAAAACAUUGAGCAGAUGGAUGACACUGGUCAACACAGGUGCACUCCUGAAGCUUAAAUCGAAAAAGCUAUUUAAGCACCCCUAUAUAAGAGACUCAAAUGAGUGUUCUCCUAAACAUAACGUUGAAGCGACGAACUCGACGAGCAAUUUCUAUACGACACUCUUACUUAAGUUGUCGCGUUUUGACAAUGGGUAGGGACACCAAAAUUUAUUGGAAUGAUUUAAUUUAAUCUUUCAUUUUUCCGGUUUGAGCUUUUGGAAUGCACUUUCUAUCAUUUCGUUGACCAAGUCUGACAAUAUCUGUUAAAAAAAAGUAUGCGCUUGUAAACUUGUGAAAAAAAAAAAAUAAAGCCAAAAAUGCCGAUAAGAAAAAUAUCGAUGAACGAAAAAAAAAAAACGAAAAUAGUGAAGAGAGGGAAAGUUAUAAAGGGAGCUUCGUACACGCAAAAGUUCAAGCUUUGAUCAUCCAAUGUGUCCUUUCGAUUCGCACAGAAUUUGCUCUGACUUCGCACAACCAAUGCGUGAUACGCAUAACGCAAAAGUUGUACAAGGAAUACAUUGAUAGAGAUCAAAAUCAGAAUAUGUAUCAUAUACACAAAAAUCGUAAUGUCUCGGUAAACUUCGGCUUCGGGCGAACGAUCAGUUUCGAGGCGCUCAAAAAACCGUUCUUUACUUUCGCGAGCCGGUGCGUAUCAACGGCUCGUGCAUCCCUAAAAAUCGUCAGCAAUCGGAACAGCCAAUGGCAAGCCUUGUUGCCGCGGAAGCUGGUGCCGCAAUGCAUGUGAAUGAAACCAGAGUCAUAAUUGAAAGCAAAAUGUUUUGGACUAAUCUCAUGUUUUUGUUUAUUGUUAAUGAUGGAAUGAUGUCUUCAAAUGAAUCGAUCAGACAAUGAUUUCUUCAAUGAAUAGGGCAUAUGAGUCCUUCCAACCAGUCCGUAGGUAGUUGUUCCUUAGACCAAACCCUUAGGAUAAUCUGGUGAAUUGCACUACACAGCCGCUCGCUCCCAACUUUGAAAAGUUCGGCCGGUAAGCCGUCCUUCCCAGCAGCUUUGUUGUUUUUAGCUCUUUGCAAGCAUUCUUCACCUCGUCCAAUGUUGGUGGGUCCACAGCUUGUCCGUCCUCCCCAAUUUCUAUCCUGAUCCCCUCGACGACUCUCCUCCCUUCCUCGCCGUUCAACAUCACUUGUUGCUUCCAACGCCUGGCCACCUGCGAUUUAUCGGUAAUCAGGUUCCCCUCCCUGUCAUUGCACAUGGCAGGUACUGGCACGGUCCGGUUCCUGAUUCCGUUGAUCGUUCUAUAGAAGCUCCUCGUGUCGUGCCUGGUGAAGCAAUUCUCCGCCUUCGCGAGGACGCGAUCGUAGUGCUCACGUUUCUUACGGCGAUGAAGCCUCUUUUCGGCAGCUCUCCCGGUAUUUCACCCGUAUCUGACGCGUUACACGAUUAACUGCUACUAACGUGUUGGCGUAGGCUCGAUUCUUCUCCCCCGUCACCUCUAGGCACUCAGCAUCGAACCACCCACUACGCGUGGUUUCCGUUGUCGUGCCUAUCACCUCUCGCGCUGUUUCGCUGACCGCAUCAUGGAUGUGCUUCCACUGCUCGUUCAGGUCCACUCCAGCUGGUCCAACGAUCCGUCUAUCAACUUUCCGAGUAUACUCUGCAGCAACUCCUUCCGCUGAUAACCUCUGGAUGUCCAGAUGUAUCUUCCUCGCCGAUCUCGAUUUAAAUACAUUGGACAACCGGGCGCGAAUCUUGCCUACCACGAGAUAGUGAUCCGAGUCGAUGUUUGGCCCUCGAAAGGACCGCACAUCUAUGACGUCUGAGAAGUGCCGGCCGUCGAUCAGCAUGUGGUCGAUCUGGGAGCAGGCCUCUCCAUUGGGGUGUCUCCAGGUGUGUUUCCGAAUAUUCAGACGUGCAAAAUGGGUGCUACAGAUGGCCAUUCCCCUGGCCGCGGCGAAGUUCACUAGCCUCAAGCCGUUGUCGUUGGUGGUAGAGUGAAGGCUUUCCCUACCAAUAACGGGACGAAAGAACUCCUCUCGUCCGACUUGUGCGUUCGUAUCUCCGAUGACGAUCUUUAUAUCGUGUUGUGGGCACUCUCCAUACGUUUUCUCGAGGAGCUCAUAAAACUCCUCCUUUACGUCAUCGGUUUUAUCGUUUGUCGGCGCGUACACGUUGAUAAGGCUGUAAUUGAAGAAUCUGCCCUUGAUCCUCAAUACGCAUAGACGGUCAUUAAUAGGCCUCCACCUAAUAACACGCUUCAUUUGGUUUCCAAGUAGUACGAAACCGACGCCCCGUUCCGCUCUAUUGCCGCCACUGUAGUAGAUGUGAUACUUGAAAGAAGUGCCCGCGGUCGGAUCGACCGCCCGGAAUUCACGUUCCCCGGUUUUAGGCCACCGCACCUCUUGUAUGGCUGCUACCUCCACUUUUGCCUUCCGUAGCUCUCUGGCCAAGAUGCCCACGCGUGCCGGUUCGAGCAAAGUCCUAACAUUCCAAGUACCAAGUUUCCAAUCGUUGUCCUUUCUCGUUUGCCUAGGUCUAUACCGAUUGUUCCGAUUCGUAUCAUUCUCUGGAUUGUUCGUAGUAUGUUUAUUUUAAGCAUGCUGCCUUACUAGGGCUGCGAUGCCGUCUUGGGUGUAGCUGGCGAGACACCGCAUUUCAUAAUUCAGCCGUCCGCUCCGGAUCAGUCGCUGUUUGAGCCGCCCCUGACCUGGGGAACAGACGCUCAGGCAAGUUGCUCUCCAAGGAGAACAACUCCCCCUUCCCUGUCAGCAUACGACCAAGUUCCCACCGGUUAACCGAUCUUCCCUUGGUUGCUCGUAUCCCAGUCGGUACCACGUGGAGGUAGGGAUAGGAGUUGCUGGGCAUUAUGCUAUGGACCACACUGGGGUCUAUUUUAUGCCAACUAGUACGGGUGUACUGCUGGUACGCAUUGCCCCGCCGUUUACCAACCAUCGUUGGUUGACAAUGGGUAGGGGCACUAAAAUUCAUAGGAAUGAUUUAAUAGCUAUAAUCUUUUAUUUGUUCCGGUUUGAGCUUCUGGAAUGCAUUUUUUAUCAUUCUGUCGACCAGGUCUGACAAUAUCUGUUGAAAAAAGUAUGCGCUUGUAAACUUGCGGAAAAAAAAAACAAAAA